UUUAAAUUAAUUGUAUUUUUCCAAAAAAAAAAAACAUUGCACAUUUUUAUUGUGACAAGGUUAUAAUUAACCUCUUCUUAAGUACUUCUUAAUAGAUAUCCAUUUAAUAUUUCUACAAAAUAUUUAUUAAUUACAUAUUUAAGUAAAAUAUAUGUAAGAUUUUUAUUAAUUAAUGAACCCUGUCAGUAAGAUGAAUCAACGAUGUCUCAACAAUUGCCUGUGACACAAGCAAGUUCUGACUCUACCUCUGCCCAUGGAAAUUUGCAGUCUAUUGGUUCUAAUAAUCAGAAUCCUCUUCCUAUAUCAACCACAGCAUCGGUAAUGCAAAACCAAAUUCUAUCUCAACCAUCUCAAUAUUCUAACCAAUCAGUAAAAACUUCACAAAUGCAAUCUUCUGUUUCUGGGACAUGCAAUGAAUUCCCACAGUUUUUAACGAAAACUCGACUACAAGAUUUAGUGAGAGAAGUAGAUCCAUCUGAACAACUAGACGAAGAUGUUGAAGAAAUGCUCCUACAAUUAGCAGACGAUUUCGUGGAAACCACAGUUAAUGCAGCAUGUUUACUGGCCAAACAUAGGCAUGCUAAUACUGUUGAAGUCAAAGAUGUUCAACUACAUUUAGAAAGAAACUGGAAUAUGUGGAUUCCUGGCUUUGGAACUGAUGAAGUGCGACCCUAUAAAAGGGCUACAGUCACUGAAGCACACAAACAGCGAUUGGCUCUUAUUCGUAAAUCAAUAAAAAAAUAUUAACCCUUAUUUUUAUAACUGCCGAUGAAUAUUGUAAUACAAAUUAUUGUAAAUUUUUAAGUUUAACAAUUGUAAAUGAAAUAUUUGUAUUAUAUUCUUCAUAUUUCAUA